CCGCGGCUCCCCGCGGGCCGCUGACCCGGAAGCGCUCUGCCCGCCCGGCGCGGUGGAGCCGGCCGCGGAGGAAGAUGGCCGAGUCGCCGGAGGAGGUGGCGGUGCUGGUGCAGCGGGUAGUGAAGGACAUUCGCAACGCCUUCCAGCGGAACCCGCACAUAGAUGAAAUUGGAUUAAUACCCUGCCCUGAAGCCAGGUAUAACCGGAGCCCUAUUGUCCUGGUAGAAAACAAGCUUGGUGUGGAGAGCUGGUGUGUGAAGUUUCUUUUGCCAUAUGUCCACAAUAAGCUUCUCCUCUACAGACAAAGAAAACAAUGGCUGAACAAAGAUGAGCUGAUAGACACCACGUGUACCCUGCUGCUGCUGAACCCUGACUUCACCACUGCCUGGAAUGUGAGGAAAGAAUUAAUACUGUCUGGCACUUUAAGUCCACUUAAAGAUUUGCAUCUUGGAAAGCUGGCAUUAACCAAGUUUCCAAAGAGUCCAGAAACAUGGAUUCAUAGACGAUGGGUGCUGCAACAACUAAUUCGGGAAAACUCCUUGCCCAGUCUUGUGACUAAAGGAAACUUGGGAGCAGCACCUCUGGAGAGGAUUCACCGACUAGUGCAGGAGGAGAUGAAUGUCUGCUCUGAAGCUGCUGGGAGGUACCCGAGCAACUACAAUGCCUGGUCCCAUCGCAUCUGGGUGUUAGAGCAUUUGGCGAAGCUGACUGUCAAGGUCCUCCUUGAUGAACUUUCAUCUACUAAGUAUUGGGUAUCCAUGCAUGUCUCAGAUCAUAGUGGAUUUCAUUACCGCCAGUUCUUGUUCAAGUCCUUGAUAGGCAGAACUGUGACUGACAAUAAUGUACAGCUACAAAAUCAAAUGGUAAAUGAGCAAAGCCCUAGCCUUCAAAAGGGGGAGGAGAGUGCAGGGGCAGAAGCUGCCUGUGCAGAGGAGCAGAGUGUGGAUCUCCCUCGCCGUUUAGAGGAAGAGUUGGAGCUCUGCACUGAACUGAUUGAUACUUACCCAGGGCAUGAAACCUUGUGGUGUCACAGAAGGCAUGUGUUCUACCUUCAGCACCACCUAAGCAACAAACUCCAUCUUCUAAGUGAGGUGGUAUCAUCUGUGGACAACAGUGAUGGAACUCUGAAUAAUUCCCACCACAGUCCUGCAACAAGUCACUUGGCACAAGCUAUGGAUGUUGAUGGUUUGAAUGAAUCCAGCAGCAAACUCGGUUAUACACAAGAAACAAAACGACUGAAGCGUGCUCCUAUGCCGGACUCUCCUGGUCCAGAAACAGAAUACCGGUUCAUUGAUAAAGUAUUAUCAACUUGUAGGGAUGCGGACCAAGCCAGGUUUGCUACUGCUUAUAGAAAAUGGUUAGUUACUUUUUUAGGUCAGUGAUGGAAGAGUUUAAAGCUUUCAGGGUUCUUCUUUUAGUGCAAUAUUCUCUUUUCAGACACAAAUGCAUGUCUUGGUUUCAAGUAUUAACUAACCUUGUUUCUCACUCUUUCAAUGGUCAGUCCUAAAAUUAAUUUUCAGAAUAGAAGUCUGUCACUUUAUUUAUUAAAGAACUGGCAUACCUUUUUAUUAAGCAAAUGCAGUUUGUUCUUUAAUCUUUUAAUGAAAUCACUCUGUGUCAGCUUCCUACCAUGCCAUUUUCUUCUUUAUCAUUUGGCUUUAAAAAAAAAAAAAAGUCUGAAAUGCUUUUGAGACAGUGUCUGGAAAAAGAAUAGGAAGAUCUGUCAGUAUCGGAUAAACCUGUUUCCAGGUUGUUCCUCUUUACUGCAGUGGAAUCUUGCUAAUACCUUACUGGAUUCAGACUAUAUUUUGUAUCAGCAACCUUUAGUAGAACACCAGACUUCUGCGUUUAUUUCUUAAGGCUCCAGGAACAGCGUUGGAGCUGUUGCCUUUUACUGUGGUAACUGGGUUUUUGUUCGCUUAUUAGUUGUCACGUGAGUUUGAUACGGAAGUCUAUGAAGUUGAAAUCCCGAAAAGCAGAUACAGAAAAAUGUGACAGAAAAUAGUUCAAACACACACAUAUUCAGGCUCACCCUUACAGUUGGAGCUAUAUUUGGAAGUACUUUUCUUAGAACAGACUACCUUAAUUUCCUGCUUGGUAUUUAUUUAUUUAUUUUAUCUCAACAAUCUAGAAUUAAUUACACUUGAUACACAUUUCUGAAUGUAUUAUGCACACUACAGAAUCUCAGCCUGCUAAGUCACACAUUGUUAACUUGUACUUAACCAAGAUCAUGCAAGACCAAUAGAUGAUGAUGACUAUACAAUUAAAAAAAAAAAAAGACAGCAGGAGUGAGCCAUCUCUUCACUUUUGUUCUUUUGCAGAGCUUCAGUCUUUUUUUUUUUUUCUUUUGACUCUUCCUUGAGAGCACUUCUCCAACCAUACGUCUCUGUUUACAUAACAUGUAAAUUUUAAGGGAAUUUAAAACACAUUUCUGUUCCAUUGAAAUUAAACAUGAAUGGUUUAUUUUGUCA